UCAUACUUUUCCACACACACAAGCAAGCAUCUCGCUCCAUCUCCCUUCUGCACUCAUUCGAAAGAACAGGCAGAAAGUUUUCGUGCUGGAAUUUGUUAGAAAAAGAAAAAACAAUAAUAAAACGUUUUGCUUUCAUUCUAAACAAAACUGAAGUGCUAUAAAUAAGAAUCCAAGCCGGCUGUCCAAUAAAAACCUUUCGGAUCAAUCGAAUUGAAGAAAAAUCGUCUGGUACUAGAGAAUUUGUAAAUUGGUGUGUGGCUGGUUGCAUAAAAGAUUUGGUUGUCUUUUAAAGUGACUUGCCUACACGAUGGAAGACAUCACCAAAAACAUAAUCUUUACAAAUGCUAUCAAUGGGCAACCGGCCACAAUACAAUAUCAAACAGCAGACGGCACAAUUCUGAAGCAGCCGAAAAUAGAGGGCCAAAAAACGGAGCAGCAGCAAACAUUUUACUAUACAACAAAUGGCAAUGGAGGUACUGUAAAUCUCGCACAGCUGGCUACCUCGGAGGACAACAAGACUUGCUACAUAGCCCAGCCCGUUGGGGGCUAUAACUAUGCUCUGGUCAACGGAAUGCCCCUAAAUCAGGGCACUGCUCUGGGCAUAGCCACAGUGGAUGCCCAGGGACGCAUACAAAUCGUCAAUCAGAACAAGCCGAUAGCAGCGAAUACCAUAUCCAACAUCAGUUUCAAGUGCGACGUCUGCUCCGACAUGUUUCCACACCUGGCCUUGCUCAACGCCCACAAGCGAAUGCACACCGAGGGUGAGCAGCAACAGCAGCAGCACAAUUCCCAGCAGGGAGGCGACUCCAUUGCUGUGGUGAAUGCCCAGGGCAUGGUGCAGGCACAGAACAUCAUCAACAACGGGCAGAUGGGCCAAAUACAAAUUGUGGCGUCCGAUACGCUGGAUCCCGUACAGCAGUCUGUGAUGCAGCAACAGCAACAUGAUUCCAAGGCCAACAAGUGCAUCACUUGCGGAACCUCCAUGCUGCCGCAGUCCAAACGAAAGGGACCAAAGCAAGUCCGAUGUGAGUCUUGCAUGCAGGCGGAGCAGGCGGCCCAGCAGCAGCAACUCUUCGUGGCGCAGGAUGGUCAAAUGGCGCAUCCCGUGCAGAUCAUAUCAACCACACCCCAGGCUCAGGCGCAGCUCCAGCAAAUUGUGGCCGCACAGACGGGUGGCACGACACCCAAGCGUGAGCCAAAUACCGGAACAGGACACCAUCCAGUGAAAAAGCGCAACUCCCAGCAGAUGACCAAGUGCCAAAAGUGCAAUGGCUCUGGCGUGGUGCUGGUCGGGCAACAUUCCCACGGCACCGGAGCCGGUGGCUCGGUCAAGUCGUCCGUUACCGUCAAAACCGAGUGUUCGUCAUGCAGAAAUCCUUCGAAACCCUUCAGCUGUAAUAUUUGUGGUGGUCUGUUCUCGCGCUACUCGAGUCUGUGGUCCCACAAGAAGCUUCACAGCGGCGAAAAGAACUACAAAUGCAGCAUUUGUGGACUGGCCUUCGCCAAGGCUGUCUAUCUGAAAAACCACGCGCGCAUCCAUACGGGGGAAAAGCCGUACAAAUGCCAAACCUGCGGCAUGCAGUUCUCCCAAUCGCCACAUCUUAAGAAUCACGAGCGGACGCACAGCGGGGAGCGUCCGUAUGUGUGUGGAGUUUGCGACAAGGGAUUCGCACGCCAUGCCACGCUGUGGAAUCAUAGGCGUAUCCACACCGGCGAGAAGCCAUACAAGUGCGAAGUAUGCGGCUCGGCCUUCUCCCAGGCGGCGCAUCUGAAGAACCACGCCAAGGUUCACUCCGGAGAAAAGCCCUACAAGUGCGAAAUCUGCUCGGCGGCAUUUGCCGAUCGCUUUGCGCUGAAACGCCAUCGUGGCAUCCACCAGAAGUACGGACAGACGGCCCCGCGCCAACCCGGAGCGGAUGGAAUGAUUGUGCAUAAGCAGGAGAUCCCCGAUAUGGAUGACGAAGCCCAGCAGGAGGUGAUUAUCAGUGGAUUAUAGAUAAGAGCAACGAAUGCCAAUGCCAAGUCGAUGAUCAGCUCCGAGGAUCCGGCAGCGCCAGAAGCAACACCGUCGGGCUACCAUUCAGGAGGAACGUAUCCUCCCACGCAGCCGUAUCCCGGCUACUACUACCAGAUGCCGCCACCGCCGCCUCUUCCGACCGAAACGGAGAGCACUGCUGCUUUCACCUCAUCGAGAUACUGAGUGGACGGCGGGAGGGAGGAAGACAGGGACAGGGAGGAGCCUAAUCAUCAGCACUACCAACAACACUAGCUAGGCAUCGCAUAGGAUAUAUACAUAUAUAGUACAUAUAUAUACAUAUAUAUAUAUAUAUAUUUUUUUUACUCUAGCUUUCCGGUAGGCUCUACGAAAACGCUUUUUACGUUAAACAAACGAAUGAACCUAAUUUAUUUGGUAGUCUGUAAAAUACACAUAGAUAUUCGUAUAAGUUUAAAUGCAUACAUAUAUAUUUGCAUAUAUAUAUAUGUAUAUAUAAACGAGUAUGUGGUAUGGUAUGGUAUCUAUAAGUGUUAUAGUCUAUUUCCGUAUACAAAUUGUAGGUGUAAUUAAACGGAUUUAAAGUACGUGGUCAGGGCGGGGGACGACAGGAGCGCAUCUAGAAGCAAAAUACGUAAGAAUCUGCGCAGGCAACAAACAACCACAUACAGCUGUAUAUAUUCAAGGAAAGUAUAUACAUACGAUAUAGAUACAAACAUUGCGUUCGAAAACAAUAUUAGUCGUAAGCCGAAAACCAUUUAAAUACAAUUUAUGUACAUUUAAAUAAGUAUUACCAUAAUACAUAAAUCAAAUAAAUAU